AUGUCAAAGACAGAUACUACAACACAAACUAGUUGUUCCACUACAUUAUUUGAGCUUCUAACAGAAAUGAAGAACCAAUCCUACAUAGAACAAUCCAAUUUCCAACCAAAAUCACCAUCAAAUUUCACCUCAGAAUGCUGGUUCGACGACGCGUGCAUUCUAGACAUGGAUUACUUUGUGAAAACACUAUCUGGAAUCAAAGCAAAAGGUGUUCGCGCCGAUUUAAUCGGUUCCAUUAUCACACACUAUGCCUCCAAAUGGCUGCCUGACUUAGCUGAAAAGGGUCUAACACAAUUUGAAGAUACAUCGUCGUCGCCCGAGAGUGUAACAGCUUUAUGGAUGAAGAAAAGGUUCUUUGUAGAAACCUUAGUUAAUGUUCUACCACCAGAGAAAGAUUCAAUUCCAUGUAACUUCUUGCUCAGGCUAUUAAGAACUGCUAACAUGGUUGGUGUUGAUGGAAGCUAUAGACAAGAGCUUGAGAAGAGAAUUUCAUGGCAGUUAGAUCAAGCUUGUUUGAAAGAACUUGUUAUACCUUCUUUUAGUCACACUUGUGGAACACUUUUGGAUUUUGAGCUUGUGAUUAGGCUUGUUAAGAGGUUUGUUAGCUUGGAUAAUGAAGGUGCUAAAAGUGGUGCUGCUUUGGUUAAAGUUGCUAAGUUGGUUGAUUCUUAUCUUGCUGAAGCUGCUGUUGAUGCUAAUUUGAGUUUGAAUGAGUUUGUUACUCUUGCUUCUGCUCUUCCAAGUCAUGCUAGAAAUACUGAUGAUGGUUUGUAUAGAGCCAUUGAUACUUACCUAAAAGCACAUCCAAGUUUAUCAAAGCAAGAAAGGAAAGGUCUAUGCAGACUAAUAGAUUGCAGGAAACUAACACAAGAGGCAUCACUUCAUGCAGCGCAAAACGAACGGUUCCCGGUGAGAGCAGUAAUUCAAGUCCUUCUUUCAGAACAAACAAAGCUCAACAGGCACAACAACAGUCACAACAUUGAUUGGAGUGGAUCCAUAAUGAGUAUAACCAGAAGUCCAACAAAUGGAUUUGGACUCGAAGCAGUUCCCACGGCUAGGUGUUUAUCGAAGCGCGAAAUGAAUGCUCAACAUAUUGAGAUAAAGAAACUGAGAGAAGAUGUUCAUAGGCUGCAGAAUCAGUGCAAUGCAAUGCAAGUUCAGAUGGAAAGAAUGGUUGAGAAGAAGAAAGGGUUUUUUAAAUGGAGUAAGAGGUUUGGUGUGAGUGGUUUUGUGAAAGGAGAGAGUGUUGUGGAGGGAAGAAGAGGAGAUGGUGGUGUUGAUGGUGAUGGUCAGGUUGAGUUUGGAAGACAGACGCCUGCUGCUAGUUCUGAUAUGAAGACUAGGUUGGUUAAUGUCAAAGGAAAUUGA